AUGGAAAUGUUGAUUAGUGAUAUAGUGAAAAAAGAAAACGUUUGUGAAUUUUUUUCAUUAUUCAUUCAACAAAUUGAAAUAAGUGAGUGUGGUAAACAAGCAAUAUUAAAUCGAAAUGAUUUCAUUCAAACUGACCAUGAUUUUUGUAAUGCCUUGAAAAAGUGGUACUCGACUGAAAAAUCAUCACAUUUUUUUAGAACAAUGGGUCAUUUAGCGCUGAGAUAA